AAUAUUUCAAAGCAGUAAGGAUGCUACUGAUGAGCUCCGAGGAUACCACAUUUGUGUCCACAGAUCGCCAUCAAAUUUAUCCAGCAUAGUGAUGUUAAAGUUAUAGGCGACCAAACAGAAUAAAAGCAAUGGGGUGACUGAUGGAUAAGAUAAACGGACUGUGCUCCAGAGGGUCAAACAGGAUAGUUAAACCAGCCCAUUUUAGAGAUGAAGAGAAACGAGCUGACUGAAUUUAAGAUGACCUGUUCAUGUAUUGCUCAGACUGUUGGAAGUUGAUAUACUGAAGGGCUGAAAAACUCAACUGGGCUCUGAAGUUGAACAGUGGAACUAGUUCACAACAAUAUCUACAGUGAAUUUCAUCCUAGUGGAAGAAGUUUGUGAAGGGACUUCCUUAAAGGGAGCCACUCACCAAAAGCCAGUAUGGCUGACAAUGUAAAUUCAUUGCCAUUCUUUUAUGGCAAUAUUACCAGGGAAGAGGCAGAGGACUACCUGCGGCAGACAGGCCUAAGCAAUGGCCUGUACCUCCUACGCCAAAGCCGAAACUAUCUUGGAGGCUUUGCACUGUCCGUGUCAAAUGCAGGCCGUUGUUACCACUACACAAUUGAAAGACAGCCCAAUGACAUGUAUGCUAUUGCUGGUGGUAAGAGCUACAGAAGUCCCGUUGAUGUGAUCGACUACCAUUCCCAAGAACCAGACGGUCUUGUGUGUCUGCUGAAGAAGCCUUGUAACAGGCCCAAGAACAUGCAGCCGAAAGUUGGGCCGUUUGAGGACCUGAAGGAAAAACUCAUACGGGAGUAUGUAAAGCAGACCUGGAACCUGCAGGGUGCAGCUUUGGAGCAGGCCAUCAUCAGCCAGCGACCUCAGCUGGAGAAGCUCAUCGCUACCACUGCUCAUGAAAGAAUGCCCUGGUUUCAUGGAACAAUAACACGAGAAGACUCUGAGCCCAGGCUUCAAUGUGGCCCGCGUGCAAAUGGAAAGUUUCUGAUUCGGCAGAGAGAUGCGAAUGGAUCUUAUGCUCUGUGUUUACUGCAUGAAGGACAAGUCAUGCAUUAUCGUAUUGACAAGGACUCGGCUGGCAAGCUCUCCAUUCCAGAGGGCAAGAAAUUUGACACCUUGUGGCAGCUGGUGGAGCACUACUCAUACAAACCAGAUGGUCUUUUGCGAGUACUAACAGAGCCCUGUCCAAGGCCUGAUGGAGAUAUUGGGCUGAUAGGACGGCCUUUUCUUCCACCGGGCCAUCCUAGACUUGGUUCUGCCAUUCAAAGUGCGACAGAUGGAUUUUUCACCAUCAUCAGUAAAGUUCCCGGCAUAAAAAAGAACCGACCAUCUCGUCCCAGGCCUCCAGAUAACUCCAAUCCUUAUGAAACUAGGAUACCCGGUAAAGGUAAAGAGGCCAUGCCAAUGGACACAGAGGUAUAUGAGAGUCCUUAUGCGGAUCCAGAUGAACUGCGGAGUUCUACAGUGGAUCGCUCACAUCUUUUCUUGGAGGAUGGAGAACUGGGCUCUGGGAAUUUUGGUACCGUCAUGAAAGGCACCUACAAGAUGAGAAAGACAGAGAAGACAGUUGCAGUUAAAGUCUUGAAGAAUGAUGAUAAUAACCAGUCAGUACGUGACGAAAUGCUGCGGGAAGCCAAUGUAAUGCAGCAGCUGGACAAUCCGUAUAUUGUCCGGAUGAUUGGUAUCUGUGAAGCAGAGAACCUCAUGCUAGUUAUGGAGCUGGCUGAGCUGGGACCCCUCCACAAGUUCCUGCAGAAAAAUAAGCAAACGGCCAUAAAGAAUAUCACAGAGCUGGUCCAUCAGGUGUCUAUGGGGAUGAAGUACCUGGAGGAGCAUAACUUUGUCCACAGGGACCUUGCUGCAAGGAAUGUACUGCUGGUCACACAGCACUAUGCCAAGAUCAGUGACUUUGGCCUCUCUAAAGCUGUUGCUGAGGAUCAAAACUACUACAAGGCAAAAGGUCAUGGGAAGUGGCCAGUGAAAUGGUACGCGCCUGAAUGUAUAAACUACUUCAAGUUCUCAUCCAAAAGUGAUGUGUGGAGCUUUGGGGUGCUCAUGUGGGAGGCUUACUCCUAUGGCCAAAAACCAUACAAGGGAAUGAAAGGAAAUGAUGUCCUGCAGAUGAUUGAAAGUGGUAAGCGUAUGGACUCCCCAGAGAAGUGUCCACUGGAGAUGUAUGAGCUCAUGAAGACCUGCUGGACAUAUAAGGCAAAUGAGAGGCCUGGAUUUAAUGUUGUUGAGCCAAGACUACGAGAUUAUUACUACGACAUUGCACAGUGAUUGCUCACUUGAAUGUUAUGAGACUAUGCAAACUAGUGGCUGAUGAUGAAAAUGAGCUUUUACACAUAUUGGUUCAGAGAUUGUUAUGGAUAAUAAAUGCUGUAAAAUAUAGACUUUAACUGGAAUAUAUUCUCUUUUAAUAUAAACUCUGAUUAUGCAAAUAUAAUUCCUAUUACUUUUAUUUGUUCUUGAAUGUAAGCCAUAUGAAAAUGAUAAUAAACUGUUACAAGUCUA